AUGGAAGAACAAAGAGGCGCUGUGGUUGUGGACAGUGGGUCUGGACUGUGUAAAGCUGGUUUUGCUGGAGACUCUAGUCCUCACACUGUGUUUCCUACGGUGGUAGGACGUCCUCACAGUCAGGGAACGGUUGGUGUGGGACAUGAAGAGAGUUUUGUUGGAUACAAACAGUUGACGUGGAGUGAAAUAAUGACCACGACACGUCCCAUUGAGCGAGGUUUUGUGACACACUGGGACGAUAUGGAGAAAAUCUGGCACCACAUUUUCAACAAUGAGCUGAGAGUUUCCCCAGAGGAGCAUCCUGUCCUGCUCACAGAGACGCCCUCCAACUCUAUGUCCAACAGAGAGAAGAUGACUCAGCUCAUGUUUGAGACGUUCCACACUCCGAGUCUGUUCGUGGGGAUGCAGGCCGCGCUCUCGCUCUAUCACACCUGUCGCACCACUGGAGUCGCCGUGGACUGUGGAGAUGGAGCGACUCAUGUCGUCCCUGUGUUUGAAGGAUUUGCUUUGCCUCAUGCCAUUUCCAGACUGAAUGUGUCAGGAGGAGACCUGACGGACUCUCUGAGGGACAUGCUCAGUCUCAGAGGACACAGCUUCACCGGCCCAGCUGAUCGUGAGAUUGUGCGUCACAUUAAGGAGAAACUGUGUUACGUGGCAGAAGACUUUGACAAAGAAAUGUCCAGAGCCGCUCGUCCCUCGUCUCUGCUGAAGAGUUUCGAUCUGCCUGAUGGACAGUCCAUCACCAUCGGAGAAGAAAGGUUCAGAUGCCCUGAGUCCCUCUUCCAACCGUCUUUUCUCGGUGUCGAGUCCAGUGGGAUCGAUGAAAUCACCUUAAACUCCAUCGUGAAGAUCAGAAAAGACGUCCAGAAGCUCCUGUCCACAAACAUAGUUCUGUCUGGAGGUACGACCCUGUGUCCGGGGUUUGCAGCUCGAAUGAAGAAAGACAUGAGCAUCCGGGCAAAGAAAAGUGAAGAGAAGCUGAAACUGAAGAUCAUCGUUCCCACACAGAGAGCGUUUGGCGUGUGGCUCGGAGGCUCCGCCCUGGCCUCUCUCUCCACCUUCCAGCACAUGUGCAUCAGUAAACAGGAGUACGCCGAGUGUGGCCCCGGGGUCGUCCACCACAAAUGCUUUUAAUCGAAUCAACUCUCAAUACUUAGUGUCCUUAAAUGUUAAAUAUGUAGUUCACUGUUUUAUGGCUGUUUCAGCCUCAGCUCUGGCUCCUGUUUGUGAUUAAGUCUUUGAUUAUUUGACUAAUUAUUUCUGAGGGAGUUUAUGGAUUUAUAUGAACCACAACAGAACAGAAACAUAAACCUCUCCACACAACAGGAGCCACAGCUGGAGUUUGUUUA